AUGGCGUCCAAUAAUGAGCUCAAGAAUUCUCCCUUGCAUUUUCUCGGGAUAGGUGGUAUUGGGAUGAGUGCAUUGGCUCGCAUUGCAUUAGAUGGAGGAUUAAAAGUUUCAGGAAUAGAUAGGAGUGACACGGAUAUUGUUAAGGAGCUGAGGGAUAAAGGGGCAACAAUUCACAUAGGAGACGGUGUCCAUGUUGAUCCCUCAAUGACAGUUGUUUACAGCUCAGCUGUCAGUAAGGACCAUCCAGCACUUCAGGCAGCUAAAGCAAUGAACUGUCGGUUGUUUCAUCGCUCUCAGUUCUUAAAGCAUCUAAUGGAGGGCAAACGAUCACUCCUUGUAUCUGGAACGCAUGGAAAGACCUCAACGACAGCUCUGUUAACAUGGGUACUGAUGUCAGCUGGUUUGGAGCCAUCGUAUGCCGUGGGUGGGAUACUGAAGAACACUGGUAUAAAUGGCAGUCAUGGGAAUGGGAGCUACUUUGUGGCAGAAGCUGAUGAGAGUGAUGGCUCGUUUACAGAAUACACUGAAGGAUAUGGUGGGAUCAUUACCAACAUUGAAGAGGAUCAUAUGAACUACUGGAAAAAUAAAGAAACCCUUGUCAAAGGAUUUACAACAUUUGCAUCUCAGAUGAAGAAUUUAUAUUGGUGUAUUGAUGACCCUGUCCUCUCUUCUCUUAAAUUGCAAGGUCAAAGCUAUGGUGUGUCAGAAAAAGCUGACUGGCAGCUUUAUGAUGUAUGCCAAGAAAACACAGGUCUGAUAUUCUCUGUGUCACAUUCCGGUCACCAUUUUAAAAGCAUCAAACUCCCAAUGAUUGGUAGUCACCAGGCUCUCAAUGCAACUUCAGUUUGGGGCAUGUGCAUUGAUUUGGGUCUAACAGAGAAGUCUUUACGUGAAGCAUUCUCAAGUUUUACUGGAGUCUCGAGACGUCUUGAAAGGAAAGGAGAGGUCAAAGGUAUACUAGUGUAUGAUGAUUAUGCUCACCAUCCGACAGAGGUAUCUGUAACGCUGGCUGCUUUGAAAAAACGAUACACUGGCAAACGUUUGAUUGGGAUUUUUCAGCCUCACAGGUACACUCGGACACAAGACUGCUUGAAAGAAUUUGCUACGUCUUUUGAAGCAACAGAUGUAAUAUACAUUACUGAGAUUUAUUCGGCUGGGGAGGACCCCAUUAGUGGAAUAACAGGCAAAACACUCUCAGAUGUUGUCCCUGGUAGCAUUUUCAUGAGUAGUGAUGAAGAUAUACUGGAAGGAGUGGUGAAAGUGGCCAAAGAAGGCGACAUUAUUAUUACUAUUGGAGCUGGAAGCAUUACUAAACUGGGACCCAAAAUAUUGCAUGCAUUAACUUUAAAAUAG